CAGUUAAGUCAUAUUUUAUAAUCCCAUUCUGUCUCCAUUUUCAUCCAUUUUAUGAGAUCGCAUUUUCGACUUUCGGUUACGUCAUCACCUGGCUCUUUUGUCAUUGGCUCUGUGCGAUGACUGCAGCAUUUUCCCGCGCUGUCUUCGACGCAAAACAACUCUUCGAGUCUUUAGAUUUGGGGUGAUGCGAGUCACUUCGAUAUUUUCAUCCCAGAUAAACGGUGUUACUGUUCCCUGAAUAUCUUGUGAAAUGCCGUCAGCGUCGUCAUCGUCUUCAGAUUACGACCCAGCGAGUCUACCUGAUUUGCUACCGCUUUACUACCGACGGCUGUUUCCUUUUUCACAGUACUACCGCUGGCUCAGUUAUGGAGGAGUGCAGAAAAACUAUUUCCAGAACCGAGAGUUCUCCUUCACCCUCAAAGACGACAUCUACGUCCGCUACCAGUCUUUUACCUCGCAGAACGAGUUGGAGAAGGAAAUCCAGAAGACGAACCCUUACAAAAUUGACAUUGGAGCAGUCUACAGUCACAGACCCAAUCAACAUAACACGGUAAAGUCCGGAACCUUCCAAGCGCUGGAAAAGGAGCUUGUGUUUGAUAUAGACAUGACCGAUUAUGAUGACGUCAGAAGCUGUUGCAGUGCUGCAGACAUUUGUUCCAAGUGCUGGACUCUAAUGACCAUCGCAAUACAAAUCCUGGACAGAGCUCUUCGAGAUGACUUUGGUUUCCAGUACCUCCUGUGGGUUUAUUCUGGCCGAAGAGGGUUUCAUUGUUGGGUGUGUGAUGAAGCUGCCAGGACCCUUUCGGUAUCCGCUCGAUCCGCAGUGGCAGAAUACCUCAGUUUGGUCAAGGGUGGUGAGGAGACUGUGAAGAAAGUGGUGCUGACGGAGCCAGUUCAUCCUUUUAUUCAAGAAUCUCUGAAAGUUGUGGAGGGAUACUUUUCCACGUAUGCGCUGCAGCAACAGGACAUACUGGGCCGCAAGGAGUCUGUAGAGCAAGUGCUGGCUCUUGUGCCUGAAGAUGUUCGAAAAGAGUUGCAACAGGAAUUCAAAAAUGAAAGGAAUCCAGAGAAUAGGUGGCAACUCAUCGUGGAACAAGCCAGCAGGAAACAGGCGACUGCCAAGAAGGGCCAGCACUUUGAGAAAGAAAUCAUGUUGCAGUAUUGUUACCCACGACUCGAUGUCAAUGUCAGUAAAGGUGUGAACCAUUUGCUGAAGAGCCCCUUCAGUGUCCAUCCUAAAACAGGGCGCAUCUCGGUUCCCAUGGACCUCACAGAACUUGAUACGUUUGAUCCCUUCAACGUACCUACAAUCAGCUUGAUCUGCAAUGAGUUGGAUCGUGUCAAGGUGGGUGAGAAGGAAGAUGAAAAUGCAGAGGUCAAGGAAAUUGAGGGAGAAGCUGCAGAGAAGAGGAAGAUCAGAGAUUACAAAAGAACCAGUCUGGCAAAAUACAUCAAAUAUUUUGAUGCGUUUUUGGAUGGAGUCUCUCAGUCAUGGAAAGGCGAACUUCUCAGAAAGAGUGAUCUUCAAAAGGAAUUUUGAGCUGACAAUUGAUACCAUAUUCAUUGGGAGCUUCUGUAACGUUGCCAUUUCUCUGAUAAACCAUGACGUCAUGAUUCUGCGUUGAUAUCCUGAACUAUAAAUUCCCAAUUAAACCUUCAAAAUUAUUUUGUCUUGA